GAUGGGGUCAGUCAGGUUAGUUUGUUUGAUUUGUCCGUUUGGAAUUUGGUUUGUAACCUGUACUCUCCUCAAAUCAGUGAAAUUUGUUCCCCCCUGCCCGUGGAUUAGCUUGCACACAUUGUGUUAGUGAACCACGUUAAAUUUGUGUUCGUUCGUGUUGGUUUGGAUUAUCGAUUGCACGCUUCUGUUCUGACAAGCGGUAUCAGAGCCUUUGGUUGCGAUUUUGGGAAUUUGGCGCUGGACUGAAGUUUUGCUUUGUGGAGUUUGGUUGGAGUUUGUUUGAUAGUAAGAAUGGCUGCUAUCAGUAUGAAGAUUGAGAAGUUUACAGGAAGAAAUAGUUUCAGUUUGUGGCAAAAUCAAGAUGCAAGCACUGUUGAAACAACAGGGUUUGUGGGCUCCGUUGUCUGAAAAAUCGAAGAAGAAAAGCAUAGAUGAAGAAGAGUGGAUUACUUUGGAGGAGCAAGCUCACUCUACAAUCUUGCUUUGUUUGGCUGAUGACAUCAUCACUGAGGUUGCUGCUGAGAAGACUGCUGCGGGUUUGUGGUUGAAGCUUGAAAGUCUAUACAUGACAAAGCCUUUAACCAACAAGUUGCAUAUGAAGCAACGUUUGUUCAGUUUGCGUAUGGAGGAAGAUACGUCUCUCAGGAAUCAUCUAGAUCAACUCAUUACUAUCUUGCUAGAUCUGCGGAAUAUUGAUGUUAAAAUAGAUGAUGAGGAUGCUGCCUUAAUUCUGUUAGUAUCUUUGCCACAGUCAUAUGAGAAUUUUGUGGAUUCUUUUAUUGCUAGGAAAGAUAGUUUGUCUUUGGAAGAUGUCAGAUCUGCUCUACAUACUAGAGAGGUUCGACAUAAGGCGUCUGGUUCUGAUUCGAAAAAUCAGGCAUCUGGGUUGGCUGCUACGAGUAGUAGGAGACAACAAUCUGAUAAUAGGAAGGCGAAUACAAAUUCGAAUUCUGCUGGUUUGAAGGAUGAUAUCUAUCAUUACUGCAAGGAGAAAGGACAUUGGAAAUUUGAUUGUCCUAAACUGAAGAAAUAUCAGGAGAAGAAGGAAUCAUCUGCUGCUGUGGCGGAAGAAACUAACUCUGAUUCUGAAGAUGGAUUAGCCUUAGCAGUGAAUGAACAGGUACAUCAUCAGGAUGUGUGGUAUUUAGAUACUGCAGCUGAUUAUCAUAUGUGUCCAAGCAGGGAGUGUUUUUCAACUUAUGAGCAGAUAGAUGGAGGACAUGUUUCUAUAGCCAAUGGUGUUAUCUGUAAGAUUGUUGGAAGAGGCUCCGUCAGGAUGAGGACACAUGAUGGUUCUGUUCGCACCUUGAACAAUGUUAGGCAUAUUCCAGAAAUGACUAAGAAGCUGAUAUCUUUGAGUUUACUCGACAGCAAGGGUUUCAACUUCAAAUGUAAAGGUGGAGUGUUGUCUGUCUACAAGGAUUCUAAGGUGAUUUUGAAAGGUGUCAAGCGGGGUGCCUUGUAUAAUCUACAAGGUUCCGUUUUGACAUGUUCUGUUGGUGAUAAGUGCACCAAGUUGGUUCUGAAUGGCAAGUCUCAAUAUGGGUUGGACUUGCCGAAUGGUUUGAGUUAUUGACCGCCCUUAGGGGCAUUUGAAGGCAGGGGAGAUUCUGGUACAACUGAUUUGGAGGAGUUUGGAUACGUCUGGCAAUUUUGAUUGCAUCUAGUUUGGCGAUUUUGCAUCGCGUUUGAGUUUGGCGGUUUCGAUCGUAUUUGGAUACGUCUGGCGAUAUGUAUCGCGGUUGGGUACAUUUGGCAACUUUGGUUGCGUCUGGUAUAUUUGGUAUUUGAGAGAGAAUUCAAGUCAAGGUGGAGAUUGUUAGAAUAUGACUUGAAUUUGAUUUGGAUUUGUUUUGUGUUUUAGGCCUAUUCUGUUUGGGUUUGGGAUUAGGUUUUGUUUGACCUUUUCCUUGUAUGUUUGGGAAAAGGUGUUUGGUUUUCUGUUUGGGAUUAGGAGAAGAGUUCUAUAAAUACUCUUCAUCACU